AUGAGUGGGCCACCACCAAUGAUUGAUGGCAGCCACGAUGCUCUGCCGACCCCUGAGUUUCUUCAAAAACCCAAGGAGCUUUGGAAGGCUGGGUGUGAAGCUCUAGAAGCUUUGUUUUUACUGUACCAUACAUCACAGAAUGGAUUACAGCAUGGCCUUGAUGGCCUUGAUAGGGAUGGUGGGACUUCCGGAAAGCUUGCUUCCAUGCCUACAUUCGCACAUAAUAUCACUGUAUUUCUAGACUGUUUGGAAUAUGGGUUUGAGCUGGUGGAACUCCAAUUAGUAGCGUUGAGAGCUAUGGGCGUACUACUUUUCCAAAUAAUACGCUCAGGUGACGAGUUAUCUUUGGUACUUCCAGGAAUUGUGUCAAGAAUAGUCAAAUUGGUUACUGGGAAAUUCGGUGGUCGCACUAAUUAUCUUGUAAUUGCCAGCAGUAUUGAUCUCCUUUCAGAUAUUCUUGUGAGUGUGAUGAAUGAUAUUGAGUUAGAAGGAAUAUUAGAUGACAGCGAUAGCAAGGUGGUAAGUGUGUCAGAUGAUGAAACCCAGUCUAUUUCUCCUGUCGCUAUAGAGCCGAAUAUGGGUAAUGUUGUGAGAACAAAACCAUGGCUUAAAGCAUCUCGAGAGCAAGUUAAGCUUGCGCUCGACUCAAUAAUUACUAUCCGGAAUCAUAGCAAACGAGAACCUCAGAACGCGAUACUUCGUUUAAGUUUAAGCAUCCUAGAACGCUCCUCUCAAGCCUUAUCCAACUGUCUGCCUACUGUUCUAGACACAAUCGUCUUCUUUGCAUCUUCUAACAACAACAUCACUGAUGGAGACCUUCGAACUAAGGCUGAAAAUGCACUAAAAUUCCAUGUUUCUAAUUAUUCUGUCGUAAAGAACAUUUUCGAGAAACGAGCAUUCAACUGGGUCGAAUCACUCUCACGAUUGUUGGUAUCUCACGAUGACCAACAAUCAAUCAGAAUCUUGAAUGCAAUUCAAACGUCACUCGAACUACUAAAAGAUACAGCAUCAGAAACAGUUUUAAGUGACUCGCUGAUUAGGACAGUGGGUGAUGUCGUCAAUUUAAAACCAGUCACCAAACAGCCUCUUCCAGUUACCGGUUUUAGUCUAAAUUCCAAAGAACUCGUACAAACAAAUAGCAUUUCAGCAUCAAAGAGGCAACUUUCCUUUGCAGACUUUGGAAUUACCUCGCUGCUAUCUUCAGAAAGUCAAUUGAACCUGUCUAAGGUGCUGACAUCUAUCGGUUCAUCCCGUAAUGGGAGCAUAGUAUUGGGUACUUUACUAGAUAGAGUAGAGAGUGAACCUCCUGGUUCCGAGCUUAAAGUAACCUAUUUCUGGAUGACAAUGAACCUUCUAAAAGGUGUAUGCAUUUCAAACAAAGCAGAGGCUGAAGAAAUCGACUCGUGGAUUAUUACUGAUGAAGCUACUCCAGCAUCACCAGAUGAUGCAGGCACUAUUUUGGAUGCGUUAUAUUACUGUCGAGAACUAGUUCAACAGGCUACAUCUGUGCGAUUUAAUAAGGAGACCGACCCUAUGGUUUGUCUGUCACUCCAGGGAAUUGCAUUAGUAGCGGAAUUUCUAGGAGUGGGAUUCCGUGACGAACUGGUUGAUACACUAUACCCGCUGGUGGAAAUGCUGGGUCAUUCAAACCCACUCAUAGUGGCCCAGUCUCAGCGUGCUAUCCUUCAAAUUACACAAAGCUGCGAAUACGACACUGUCCAGUCUUUAAUUGUCGACAAUGCUGAUUAUCUGGUUGAUGGUAUGUCCAUCAAACUAAACACUCUAGAUAUAUCACCAAGAACAACAGUGAUUUUGACCACAUUAAUAAACUUAGCGGGUCCUAAAAUUACGCCUUAUCUAGAUGACUUGGUGUCAACAAUGUUUGUCAUUCUCGAUAAUUAUCAUGGCUACACCACAUUAACCGAAGGGAUCUUUUCAGUUUUCAAAGCACUUGUCGCAGAAACCGAAAAGGGGUAUUCUGAAGCACUCCUACUAGAAGGGAGUAAAGUGACUUUUGAUAGCACAGGAGCAAUUGUAAGUCAAACACCUCAUUUGAGUAAUUUGACUGAAUUGUUGGCUGAACUUUCUCGAAAACCUGAAUUACCUCAACUAGAAGUGGAUAGCGACGAUGAAGAUGAUGACAAUAGUCAUAAUAACAAGCCAUUUUCUGAGCGAUUAGCAGAAGUCGAAAACAGAUUUAAGGAAGACUCACAAGAUAAUAUGCAAGAAGAUGCUGAUUUAGAAUCAAAACCUCUUGAAAACCCAGACGAGAAGCUACAACAAGAAUGGACAUCCAUCGUGCCCAAAUCUACCUACAAAGUUAUUGAACACAUAGUCAACUACUCUGACAGGUAUCUAACUCACACCUCAUCGACCCUCAGAUACAAUCUGCUAGAACUUAUCUCCUCUUCUAUGACGAUAAUGGCUUCUAGUCAGACAGAUUUUCUGCCUCUGGUGAACAAGAUCUGGCCUGUCAUCACAUCACGGCUCGAUGACUCCGACACAUUUGUUCUCGAAGCGGCUCUGAAAUGCAUAGGAAUUGCCUGUGAAAAAGCUGGUGACUUCAUGACGAAACGUGUAGUAGCACUAUGGCCCAAACUCAAAAGUCUGACGGCUCCCUUUGCAUCAAAAAAGAGAAGCCUCAAGUUCUCACCCGAACUUCGUCUGUUGACUGCUCUCGUCAACAGUCUAGAAAUGAUCUUAGCUAAUACACCAGUGCCGGACGACCUCUUUGAAGACAUUCUGUCGACGUUUUCUCGCUAUUUUGAUCUUGAACAAACCAAGGGUCUCAAAUAUCAACUUGAAAAAAUCAACGGAGACGCCGUGUGGAUAGAGUGCUUAAUGAUGGGUUCUGCUAAACCACCAACUCCACCGCACGAGUCGCUUGCUCCAAUAAAAAUAGCAUCACGCUAA